GCUGGGGCCGGCAGCUCCUCCCGCUGGCCAGUGAUGGGGCCUUUCUCUGUGUGUGGGGCACUCCCACCCAGGAAGCCCAACUCCGAGGAGAGGGUAGGAGCGAGAGGAGAACAGCAGCGGCAGAACGAGGAGCCGUGGCCCACCAGGACCAGGCUGAACACAGGGAGACCUGCCAGCGCCGCCCUGGUGGAAUACAGUGUGGGGAGGUCAUCUCUGUUGUUCCUUUGGCUUGAAACACACACUGGUCAACAUGGAAGGCAAUAAAGAGGUGCCUCUGACCUCCUACCUUCUGGAUGAGGAGGAACUGAAGAGGAAGCAGCGGGAGAAACUAAAGAAGCUGCAGGCCACAGGAGGGAACCCCCGGCCGCCCCGGUCACUCUUCUGCCUGACACUGAAGAACCGCUUUCGCAGGAAGUGCAUCAGCAUCGUGGAGUGGAAGCCCUUUGAGAUCAUCAUCCUGUUGGCCAUCUUUGCCAACUGCAUUGCGCUGGCCGUGUUCUCGCCCAUGCCCGAGGAGGACACCAACAGCGGCAACGCCAAACUGGAGAGCCUGGAAUACGUCUUCCUGUUCCUAUUCUCAGUAGAGUGCUUCCUCAAGAUAAUAUCCUAUGGUUUCCUCUUUCAUGAAGGGGCCUAUUUGCGGAAUUGUUGGAACAUAUUGGACUUUGUCAUCGUCUUCAUGGGGCUUUUCACCCUUGCAGUGGACACCAUAAACACAAUUUCCGGAGUCCCAGCAGAGAAGGGAGGGGGCUUUGACUUGAAAGCCCUGAGAGCUUUUCGAGUCCUGCGGCCUUUACGCCUCGCCACUGGUGUCCCCAGCUUGCAGGUGGUGAUGAACUCCCUCUUCAAAUCCAUGCUACCUCUCAUGCACAUUGCCCUGCUGGUAUUCUUCAUGGUGACCCUCUAUGCCAUCGUGGGUUUGGAAUUGUUCAAGUGCAAGAUGCAUAAGACCUGCUACUACAUUGGCACGGAUAUUAUCGCCACGGUGGACAAUGAGAGGCCAUCACCCUGUGCACAGGCUGGCGAAGGGCGUCGUUGCACCAUCAAUGGGUCAGAGUGUCACCCAGGCUGGCCUGGCCCAAACUAUGGCAUCACCCACUUCGACAACCUGGGCUUUGCCAUGCUGACCGUCUUCCAGUGCAUCACCAUGGAAGGCUGGACUGACGUACUCUACUGGGUGAAUGAUGCCAUAGGCCCGGAGUGGCCCUGGCUUUAUUUUGUCAGCCUCAUCCUCUUGGGCUCCUUCUUUAUCCUCAAUCUGAUUCUUGGUGUGCUUAGUGGAGAGUUCACAAAAGAACGGGAAAAGGCAAAGUCACGGGGUGAAUUCCAGAAGCUCCGCGAGACGCAGCAGUUCGAUGAAGACCUGAAGGGCUAUAUGGACUGGAUUACCCAGGCUGAGAUCAUGGACAUCGACCAGGAGGGACAAGGACUUCUGCCAAAGGAGGGUGGCUCAGACACUGAGAGUCUGUAUGAAAUGGAGGGCCGGAGUCGUUUGCUUUAUUACUACCAUCGCUCACGUCACUGGAACCGUUUCUUCCGGCGGAAGUGUCGCUCCUGGGUGAAAUCCCGCGUCUUCCACUGGCUGGUGGUCCUGUUGGUGCUCCUCAACACUUUGGUCAUUGCCACUGAACACCACCACCAGCCUGAGUCACUUACCACUGUACAAGAGACGGCCAACAAGGUGCUGCUGUCGCUGUUUGCCGUCGAGAUGUUCCUGAAGAUGUAUGCUUUGGGACUUCCUGCCUACUUUGUGUCGCUCUUCAACCGCUUUGACUGCUUUGUGGUGUCCGUGGGCAUCUUGGAGCUGCUGCUGGUGCGGAUGGAUAUCAUGACGCCCCUGAGCAUCUCGGUGCUGCGUUGCUUCCGCCUGCUUCGCCUCUUCAAGGUCACAAAGUACUGGAAGUCCAUUAGCAACCUGGUGGCCUCCCUGCUUAAUUCGGUGCGCUCCAUCGCCUCGCUGCUGCUGCUCCUCUUCCUCUUCAUCGUUAUCUUCUCCCUGCUGGGCAUGCAGGUGUUCGGGGGCAAGUUCAACUUCCCUGAGUAUCAGGUUCGGCGCAGUAACUUUGACAGCUUCCCCCAGGCACUCAUCACAGUGUUCCAGGUCCUCACUGGAGAGGACUGGGAUGUUGUCAUGUAUGAUGGGAUCCGGGCCCAUGGCGGGCCUGACUUCCCCGGGAUACUGGCCAGCAUCUACUUCGUCAUCCUCUACAUCGUCGGCAACUUCAUCCUUCUGAAUGUGUUCCUGGCUAUUGCCGUGGACAACCUGGCCGAGGCAGAGAGUCUCACUUCGGCCCAGAAGGAGAAGGCAGAGGAGAAGAAACACCAGAAACUGCUCCGAGGCAACGUUCCACAGAAGACUGACGAGGACAGGGCCCUGAUGGUGAAGAAGCUGGCUGAGCAGAGGGCCAAAGCUGAAGGGAUGCCCACCACAGCCAAGCUGAAAGUGGAUGAGUUUGAAUCAAAUGUCAAAGAGAUCAAGGAUCCUUUUCCGCCAGCUGAUUUCCCAGGUGAUGACGAGGAGGAGGAGCCAGAGAUCCCCCUAAGCCCCCGCCCCCGGCCCAUGGCUGACCUGCAGCUCAAGGAGAAGGCGGUGCCGCUUCCUGAGGCCAGCUCCUUCUUCAUCUUCGGGCCCCAGAACAAGUUACGCAAGAUAUGCCACCGGAUCAUUAACGCCACCCCCUUCACCAACUUCAUCCUGCUCUUCAUUCUCCUCAGCAGCAUCUCCCUGGCAGCUGAGGACCCCAUCGAUCCCAAAUCCUUCCGGAACGAGAUCUUGGCUUACGCAGACAUUGUGUUCACGUCUGUAUUCACCGUGGAAAUUGCACUAAAGAUGAUUACAUACGGCGCCUUCCUGCACAAGGGGUCCUUCUGCCGCAACUCAUUCAACAUCCUGGACUUGAUUGUGGUGGUUGUGUCUCUGCUAUCCAUGGGAAUGGAGUCCAGCGCCAUCUCGGUGGUGAAGAUCCUCAGGGUUCUGAGGGUGCUCCGGCCCCUGCGGGCCAUCAACCGAGCCAAAGGACUCAAGCAUGUGGUCCAGUGUAUGUUUGUGGCCAUCAAGACCAUAGGCAAUAUCGUCCUGGUCACCAUGAUGUUGAACUUCAUGUUCUCCUGCAUUGGCGUUCAGCUCUUCAGGGGCAAGUUUUAUCGGUGCACUGACCCGUCCAAAACAACGGAGGAAGAAUGCCAAGGGACCUUCAUUAGGCACCUAGAGAAUUCAUUGCAGGAGAUGGAUCUGCAGAAGCGCAAGUGGGUCAACAGCGACUUCAACUUCGACAGUGUGCCCAGUGGUAUGCUGGCCCUCUUCACUGCCUCUACAUUCGAGGGUUGGCCCAAGCUGCUGUAUACAGCCAUCGACUCGGACACAAUAGACAGAGGCCCCGUAUUCAACAACCGCAUAGAUGUUUCCAUCUUCUUCAUUGUCUACAUCAUUAUCAUUGCCUUCUUCAUGAUGAACAUCUUCGUCGGCUUCAUUAUUGUGACGUUCCAAGAGCAGGGCGAGGAAGAAUACAAGAAUUGUGAACUGAACAAGAACCAGCGCAAGUGUGUGCAGUAUGCUCUGAAAGCCCGCCCACUACGCUGCUACAUCCCCAAGAACCCCUGUCAGUACCGCGUCUGGUACAUGGUCACAUCCUGCUACUUUGAGUACCUGAUGUUCCUGCUCAUCAUGCUCAACACGCUCUGCCUGGGCAUGCAGCACUGCAACCAGUCGGACUACAUCACAAAAGUGUCAAACACACUGAAUUUGCUCUUCACCAUCCUUUUCACUGUUGAGAUGAUCGUCAAGCUCAUGGCCUUCAAAGCCAAGGGCUACUUUGGAGACCCCUGGAACGUGUUUGACUUUCUUCUUGUCGUUGGUAGUAUUGUGGAUGUCAUCCUCAGCGAGAUCGAUAAUGCCCUUGCUGCCAGUGGAGGACUGUACUGCCUGCAGGGCUGCACUGAUAAAAACCCAUUGCAAGCUAUAGCGGACGCAGAGAACAUGAGUGUGUCUAUCACCUUCUUCCGGCUCUUCCGUGUCAUGCGUCUGGUGAAGUUACUGAAUCGCUCAGAAGGCAUCCGCAACCUGCUGUGGACUUUCAUCAAAUCCUUCCAGGCUAUUCCCUACGUGGCUCUCCUCAUCGUCAUGCUCUUCUUCAUCUAUGCUGUCGUUGGAAUGCAGUUCUUUGGGAAGAUAGCUUUGGUGGAUGGUACAGAGAUUUAUCGAAAUAGUAACUUCCAGACAUUCCCUCAGGCGAUUCUGUUACUCUUCCGGGUCACCACUGGAGAGAGGUGGCAGGAGGUCAUGAUGGCCUGCAUGUCCGGGAAGCAGUGCGAUGCUAAGUCUGAUCCCCUCCCUGGGGAGGAGUACAACUGUGGCACCAACUUUGCUGUCUUCUACUUCCUGACCUUCUACAUGCUCUGCUCCUUCCUGAUCAUCAACCUUUUUGUGGCAGUCAUCAUGGACAACUUUGACUACUUGACUCGUGAUUGGUCAAUACUUGGUCCCCAUCACCUGGACGAGUUUAAGAAAAUCUGGGCAGAGUACGAUCCUGAAGCCACGGGACGAAUUAAGCACCUGGAUGUGGUGACUUUGCUGCGGAGGAUUCAACCGCCAUUGGGCUUUGGAAAGUUCUGUCCCCACCGCUCAGCAUGCAAGCGCCUGAUAUCCAUGAACAUGCCGAUGAACAGUGAUGGCACUGUCACCUUCAAUGCCACCCUGUUUGCCCUGGUCCGAACUGCUCUGAAGAUCAAAACAGAAGGUAAUUUUGAGAAGGCAAAUGAGGAGCUGAGAGCCAUCAUUAAGAAUAUCUGGAAACGCACCAGCAUGAAGUUACUGGACCAGGUCAUCCCCCCCAUUGGAGAGGAUGAGGUGACCGUGGGCAAGUUUUACGCCACCUUCCUGAUCCAGGAGCACUUCCGCAAGUUCAUGAAGAGGCAGGAGGAGUAUUAUGGAUACCGGCCCACCAAAAAGAGGGCCUCUGAGAUACAGGCGGGCCUGCGCAGUAUUGAGGAGGAAGCAGCCCCGGAGCUGCACAGAGCCAUAUCAGGAGAUCUGGUGGUGGAGGAGGAGCUGGAGCCGGGCACAGAAGAUGGCGGCGAGGAGGGGAUCUAUCGGAGGACAGGUGGCCUGUUUGGGAACCACGUGGACAUCUUCGCUGCAGAGCAAAGCAGUCCCCUUUCUCCCCAGGUGACCAGUCAGCGUCCUCUGCAGUUCUCUGAGAUUCACGCGGAGGAUGCAGAGUCUCCCCCAGACUCAGUGUUCCUGCCCAACACAGAGUUCUUUCCCAUGGUGCAAAUAAAAACCAACACCAACAACAACGCCAGCAGCAGGUUUGCAUACGAGCAAGAAGGCGGUGCCCAGGGUGAACCCAUCGCCACCACCAGUAACCAGUCUGGUGGGGAUAUAGAACCAAACUCAAAAGGGAUUUCUAAGGCCGACCCCAGGAACAUUCACGACAGACAGGUCACAAUCAACACCAGCAUCACUCAGUUUCCGUUCCAGCCUGCUCUGGCUGGCAGGGAAGGUCAUACCUUCCACAGCGCCACAGACCAGCUCAUUCAGCAGGUGCUGAUAAACCAGGGUCUUGACUGUCUGGUGAAUGAUGCCCGCUUCGUGGAAGUGACCCGGAUGGAAAUAGCAGAGGCUUUGUGUCUCGACCCCGUGGAGAUGGAGGAGAAAGCCAAGGUCCUGUGUGAGAGACCCGGAGGCCCUGAGGACAUGCGGACACCGCGUCUCACACGGGACCCCCCCACGAAGGAACAGCACGUCUAGGGCUCUAUGCUCUGCUGCUGUUUGCACACGUUGACAUCACAGGCUUAAAAAGCCUUAUUUGUUAAUUAUGCAGAACAGCUGAGCUGUAAUUAGCUGACUGUGGCUGUUUGACAGAGAAAGGCUAAGAUUCAACUUGACGGUAGAUGGUUUUAAACAAGCAAGGAGAUAAAAAAAAAAUUGGUAUUUUCAGAUCAAAUGAAGAUGCAAUUCUUUAAGCAAUAAAAAGGUUAACGUGAAAAAAUUUCAUGAAUAUCAUUACUCAUUAAUGCUUGUAGAAGUAAUGGUGAAAAUGGAAAUCCACUUCUCACAAUUAAUAUCCUAGACUGAUUAAGAGCUUGAACAAGCAUUCAGUCUGUUUUGUACUUAGUGACAUGGACUAAGAAGAAGAUGGAAGGCAGCUGAGAGCUCAGUCAGAGGACUGCUGCCUCUCCUUAUUUGACUGUUUUUGGGGAAAGCAGUGUUUUUGAGAACUAUUUCAGAUCAGGCCAAUUGGCUCCACUGUGGACAGUGAGCCACCCUGUCUAGAGAAAUGUGUGGAAGAGGGGCAUUAUGGGAAAGUUACAUUUGAUGGGAAGUCUGGUUUUUGCACCAGAACAACACAAGAAUUUGUACCUCUAUGUUAAUUGAAAAUGUGAUUUCCUCUAAGUCACCUAUUUUCAUUUGACUCUUAUUUAAUUGGAAGUUUAUCUGAAAUGCCUUGGUAAUUUUUUUAAUUACCAUUUGUUAUUUAAAUUACAAAAUUUUUAAUAGCUGGCUACAUUACAAUUGGUUUACUGUUUGGUUUACAAUCUGCUUUAAGAUUUUUAAUUAUAUUACUGUUCGUUGCAUUGGUCUUUAACUCAUCAUUAGGUUUAUGAAGAUGGAAAAACCGAAGGUUGUUUUUCUAAUGUGGCAUUAGGCAAACCGCACAGCAGGCCCAGUCUUUCGGUUCUUCUCGACUCAGUGACCGAUUCCUGUACAGCUGCCAGUAGCUUAUUUUAAGCUGUGUUUAAUGUAGAAGUGAAGCAGGCAUCUCAAGGUCAGGUUUUUUUUUUUUUUGAAGGGCCUACAGCCGGCCAACUGUGGGAUAUGAGAUAGAAGGCACAGCAUGAGUCGACGUGGUUUAUGUUUCCUUAAGAUAGAGUCUCUAUUCCUGUGCUCUGCAAACUGCAUGACCUUAAAAGUGCACAAAACUGUUUUAAAAUGUGAUUUUUCUUUAUUCACUUACAAGCUUUUCCCUAACACCUGAUACCCUAACCCUAACCCUAACACCUGAUACCCUAACCCUAACACCUGAUACCCUAACCCUAACACCUGAUACCCUAACCCUAACCCUAACACCUGAUACCCUAACCCUAACCCUAACCUCUCACCAUUUUCUCUCCACUACUGCAAUGAAUUUUCAGUGACAUGGGAUUUGCUUACAAAACAGGAUAAUGGUUUUAAUAUUUGAUAUUGCAGUCAAUUGCAAAAUAAUAAAUUUUUUUCCUCAAAUGAAAAGAA